AUGAGCACCUAUUGGGGCAUAGACGCCGCCACAUUCGAACGUCUUCCCCAUGACAACCGCAGCGGCGAGGCCAUAACGGCCGUGGUGCUGUGUAUGGCCUUCGCUACCACGGCCGUAUGCUUUCGAUUAUACACGAGACGUUUCGUUUUAAACAAAUUUUGGCUCGAUGACUAUUUCGCAAUGGCUGGCACGAUUGGUAUGAUUUCGAAUGGAAUAGUGCAAUGUUUGCAUACGAGAUAUGGACUCGGGGCUCAUAUAUGGGACAUAAGAGAUGCGGAGGAACUCACCAACUUCUGGAAGAUGUUUUACUUCUUAACCGUCACCUACGCCACGACUUUAAUGUUUGUUAAGUUCAGCUUAUUCUUCCAAUACUACCGGUUGAUCCAGGAGGUUCCCCAUUAUCGCUUAUUCUACCUUGUUGCCAUGGCUCUCGUCGGCGGUUGGGUCAUUGCGCAAGAGUUUAUUCUCAUAUUUUCUUGCACCCCCAUCUACAGUUACUGGGACCAUAGUGGAGGGGGCAAAUGCCUAGACAGCAACCUCCUCGGAUGGAUGAAUGCGGUCGGAAAUAUCGUAACCGAUCUCAUCGUUCUUUUGCUUCCGAUUCCUGUUGUGUGGAGAUUAAACCUGAAAAGGGAGCGGAAGUGGGCCGUUAUCGCAAUAUUUGGCCUGGGCUUCUUUACCUGCAUCAUAUCCAUAUGUCGCAUGGUCUUCUUCGCCAAACUUACCGUGGACUUUUCAUAUGACCUCGUCUCGGUUGCCGCCUGGGGAGAGGCUGAGUCGGCUUCGGGUCUUAUCUGCUCAUCUCUUAUGGCCCUCGGACCACUGAUCCGACGGAUUUCUCGUCGCUUUCAUACAGCGAAGAAGACAUCAGUUACACCACAGAAGUACACAUACGGCGGCACCAAUCCUUUUUCACGCCACACCACGAAUCGGGAUAAGAGUCUGUUGAGGACCAACGGUGGAGAUGGAAGUGAGACGGAACUUAACCGCAUAGACCUCGAGCGAUCACGGAAAGCCGACGAUGAUGGAAGGUCGAUACGCAGUACCAAAUCCUCAGGAUUAGAACAGAGCGCCGAGAGCGACUUUUCGGAAACGAUGCCUGACCUUCGAUUGGGCCUCGAGACAGGAAUACGGACAGUUAUCAGUACAGGAAAUAGGGAUAGCGUUCACUCGCAGUCAUUGCCGAUAGCACCCAACGGUAUUGUGGUGAAGCAAGUGUGGUCUGUCCGCAACAGGGAACCCGGCGAAAGAGACGAAUGA